AGAGAGGCGUCGUACAUAUGCUCGUGAUUAUUGUAACCAAGCUCUGAAACUCUCUCUACUGUAACUUCUUCACUACUAGCUCAAACUUCAAUCGGAUUGGAGCCAAGUUUCGAAGCCAUGGCUGAGUUGAUCCUCUCUCCAAUUGUUGACAAAAUCAUUGGGCGUUUGGGAUCUGAUGCUGUGAAACAGAUCUCUCUGGUUUGGGGUGUCAACGAUGAGCUCCAACAGCUCAAUGAAACCAUUUCAACUAUCAAAACAGUGCUUCUCGAUGCCGAGAAGAAGCAGUCUCACAACAACCAAGUCAACAACUGGCUCCACAGGCUGGGCAAUGCAGUUCUUGAAGCCGACGACUUGAUGGAUGAGGUCAACACUGAAGCUCUACGACGCCAACUCAUGAUGUCUCGAAACCCAAUGGCCAACCAGGUAUGCACUUUCUUUUCCGGCUCCAACCAACUUGCUUUUCGGUUCAAGAUGAGUCGUAGAAUCGAAGGCAUCAAGAAAAAACUGGCUGACAUUUCCAAGGAUAGAAACUUCCUUUUGGAGAAAGGAGAGACUCCGAGUGUUAGGAGAGCAAGAGAUACUUACUCGCGUUUGCCUCAACAAGAUGUUAUUGGGAGGGAAGAGGAUAAAUCGGUUAUCAUAAAUAAGUUUUUGUUGGAGAGUUGUGAAGAGAGUGUGUCAGUGCUCGCCAUUGUAGGAAUAGGUGGGUUAGGAAAAACCACUCUUGCUCAAAGCGUUUUUAAUGAUGAGCAAGUUCAAAAACAUUUUGAGACAAAGAUUUGGGUGUGUGUGUCUGAUGAUUUUGACUUGAAACUAAUUAUUAAAAGUAUCAUUGAGUCUGCAAAAGGUGACAGUAGUUUGGGAGACAUGAGAAUGGAACCAUUGCAAAAGAAGCUUCAAGAAGUACUUGGUAGUAAGCGGUUUCUUCUUGUACUAGAUGAUAUAUGGGAGAAAAACCAUAAUAAGCUGUCGGAGUUGAAAAAUUUAAUAAUAAGUGAUGCAAAUGUUGGGAGUAGAGUUGUAGUAACUACUCGCUUUGAAGACAUUGCUCAAUUUAUAGCUACCAAACAACAACCCUAUCGAUUGGGGGUUCUUGAUGAAGUUCAAUCUUGGUCUCUAUUUAAGUCAAUGGCUUUUGAAGAUGGAUCACGUGAGCUAGAAAAUUCCAGCAUUGGGAAGAUUGAAAAGGAGAUUGUGGAAAGGUGCAAAGGAAUCCCCCUAGCCAUUAAAACAAUAGGAAAUCUAUUGUAUGGUAAAAGUAAGGAAUCAGAGUGGUCUUCCUUUAAUAAGGAAUUUUCAAAAAUAUCAGAACAACAAGACGAUGAUAUCUUAUCCACCCUUAGAUUAAGCUAUGAUCAUCUUGCCUCCCAUUUGAAACUUUGUUUUGCCUAUUGUAGUUUAUUUCCUAAAGACUACAAUAUUGAGGUAAAAACUUUAGUUAACCUUUGGAUGGCGCAAGGAUUUCUUAAGCUCUCAGAUCCAAGUCAAGAUGAAUGUUUGGAGGAUGUGGGUUAUGACUGGUUUAUGAAUUUGUUGGAAGGAUCAUUCUUUCAAGAUGUUGAAGUAGAUGAAUGUGGCAUUAUAAAAAGAUGCAAAAUGCAUGAUCUGAUGCAUGAUCUUGCUGUUCAAGUAGCAGGAGCAGAAUGUGCUACUUUUGUAAUUUCAAAUGGCCAAGGAAAUAUCAAGGAAACUACUCAUCACGUGUCCUUUGCAAGUCACACCUACUCAAAAAGUGAAAUUUCAGUUUCGUUGGCUCAUGCCAAAAAGAUUCGAACAAUCCUUCACUUUUCUAUUUCAAAGGAUCAGACAUUUUGUGAUGCAAUUAUAUCAAACUAUAAGUUCAUACGUUGUUUGGAUUUGCAUAAUUCAAGGAUGGAUUUAGUAGCAAAUUCUAUUGGGAAGUUGAAACACUUGAGAUAUUUAGAUCUCUCAGCGAAUUUUGGACUCAAGUUACUUCCCAAUUCAAUUACUAAUUUGCUGAAUUUGCAAACACUGAAACUCAAUCACUGCUUCCAACUCCAAGAACUACCUAGAGAUAUUGAGAAACUCAUCAAUCUUAGGCAUCUUGAACUUUCUUCAUGUAGCAAAUUAAAUUCUUUGCCAAGUGGACUAGGUCAGUUGAUGCAAUUGAGAUACUUGGAUCUUUCUUGGAAUAGUGGUCUAUUGUUACUACCGGAUUCAACUAAUUGUUUGUCGAAUUUGCAAACCCUGAAACUCAAUCAUUGCUCAGAGCUCCAAGAAUUGCCUAGAGAUAUUGAGAAACUCAUUAAUCUUAGGCACCUGGAAAUUUCUGAUUGUGAUAAAUUGGAGUAUGUGCCAUGUGGAUUGGGCCAGCUAAUUAAUCUUCAGACAUUAUCGGAGUACGUGCUGAUGAAGAGAGAGGAAUCUAUCCGAAGGCAUGGUGGUGAGCUAAAAGAAUUGAUGAGACUGAACAACUUGAGAGGGGAAUUGAAAGUUACAAAUUUGAGCCAUGAGAAAGAUGUGGCAGCAGAGUAUGGGAGUGCAAAAUUUAAGGAUAAAAAAUAUCUUCGAUCUGUGUCAUUGGAGUGGGAUUUUCGUGUUAGAAUUGAUGAGGCAGAGGCCAUUGUUGGUUAUGAAAUGUCAAUGGAAGGCGUUCAGCCACACGAAAAUCUUCUAGAACUGACCUUAACAAAUUAUGGGGGUGUCAAGCUCUCCACCUGGCUCUCAUCACUUACAAACUUGGUCAACUUAACUUUGGCAGAUUGCAAGAAAUGUGAGUAUCUAGUUCCAUUGAAUCAAUUCCACUGUCUUAAGGUUUUGAAUCUUUGGUGGUUGGAGUCCUUAGAGUACGUAUCCAACAAUAGUUGCAAUGAAGACGUAUCUGGGUCAACAAAAACAUUAUUGCCAUCUCUACAGAAACUUUGGUUGAGUGGGAUGCCUAAUCUAAAGAGAUGGUGGAGAGAGAUUGUAAUUAGUGGUGAAGAAGAAGACAAACACAUGUCCUUGCCUUGUUUCCCUUCUCUUUCAACUUUAAAAAUAUGGGAUUGUCCUAAGCUGACUUGCAUGCCACUUUACCCACAUUUGGAACAUCUGAAUUUGAUGAACAACAACUUGAAGCCAUUGGAAGAGACAUUAAGAAUGAAGAUGAGCAGUAGCGCUGCAUCUUCUUUCUCUCCUCUCUCCAAAUUGAAAGAUCUAACUCUAACAACCAUUGAGGAUCUAGAAUGUCUUCCAGACUGGUUCAAGAGCCUUACUUCUCUCAAUAAAUUGGAUAUUUUUGAUUGCCCUGAAUUGAAGGAUCUGUGUCCAGGUAUUCUACAUCUCUCGUCACUUCAAAAUCUGCAGAUUGAUAAAUGCAAGGGGUUAGCACACAUGCUUAGUGGUGAUGGUGAUGAUGGCAUUAUGUGGAAAGUCCUAAAUGGAAGACUCCACUCGCUACAACUAUUGUCGUUGCCAAAUAUAGUGACUGUUCUUCCUAAGGGUAUCCAACAUCUUACAAGUCUGCAACAUCUUAAAGUUUAUUACUCUCAAAGUCUGACAACAAUUCCAGAGUGGAUCCACAACCUCAAAUCGCUUAAGAAACUUGAGUUUAAUAGAUGCCCCAAUCUGACAUCAUUCCCUGAAGGAAUUCGAAGCCUCACCAAUUUGAACUCAUUGACCAUUAGCAGUUGUCCCAUGUUAUUGAAGAGAUGCAAAAGGGAAAUAGGUGAAGAUUGGGAUAAGAUUUCUCAUAUACAACAGUUGGAGUUGGACGAAGAAGAAAAUGAGAAUGCAUCGGAAGAGGAAACAGAAUCGGGCGAGACAAAGGGAUGCAACCUCUUCUUGAACAAGUUUAGGGCCACUUUGGAGAAGAUGAUGACCAUGAGAGUUAUAAAAGCAAUGAGGAUGAUCCAAAUAAAGACACGAAGCUAUUAAGGCUAUUAUCAUGUCGAUUUCUGAGGAAUUUUUACUGUAUUCAAGUUUGUUGCAGCAGAUGAAGUUGUGGGAGCUGUUGAAGUUACUGCAUUGCCAUCAGAGGAUUUUGUAUCAGAAAGGAGGAGGAAAUUGGAGUACCUUGAGAUGCAAGUAGAACUUAUGAAGGGGAAGAGAGAGAAGAAGAGUAAGCAAGAAUGAAGGAAUCUAAGGGUAGUGAGGAGAAUGUGGCAUUGAGAGAAAUGAUUGAUCCAACCGCAAGAGAAGCACAAGAGCCAGCGAGAGCAAGAGCAGUUAUGGGAACUAAGUCAUGCAUUGGCUGUUUUGAGCUUCUGUAUCUUGAGUAGAGAACGUGUAGAGUUCCUUGGGCUUGUAAAUUAGGAGCUGCAUCGCUACAAGGAAAUCAUUGAAAUGGAAACUUGUUAUGUUCAUUGUGAGGUUAAUGUCAUGUUCAAAUUUUUUGUGCAUGACCAACUAGAGCAGAGAUUAACAUCCAAGGUUGGAUCUUCUAUUGCCACUAAUUCUAGUAGGAAUUGGCCUCGGGAUUUGUAUGAAAAGAUUGCAAGAAGCUUAUGAACAUAAAAUGAUGGUUGAUGGCAGUUCUGAAAUUGCCAUAUUACGUAUGAAUAGUCUUUUCAUGUAAAUUUAUGGGGAAUGAGAAUACCAUCAUCUGAUCAACAUCUUGGUAAGAGAUGUUCUUAGUACAAAACAAGUUUGGAUAUGCUAUUUACUAACAUGUUUUUCAAGCUAAA